AUGUCGAAACGGUGCGCAUUGACGCUGUUACUGAUAAUGGCGGUGUGGAAUUCAGGCUCAUCAGAAGAGGAGGAGGAAUGCAAGAACCGAUGGAUCCACAUAAGGAAGCUUCCUUCGAGGUUCAAUCUGGAUCUGCUCGCAAACUGUUCGGAGUAUCCCAUGUUGGACGACCUAUGCCCCUACCUCGGAAACCACGGUCUGGGACAAAAGACCCACAACCGCUCCCGGAGUUGGUACCGAACGGACUCCUCCAUGCUGGAACUCAUCUUCCACCGUCGGAUGCUGGAGUACCCAUGCCUCACGCAAGAUCCCUUCCUCGCAAACGCAAUCUACCUCCCCUACUACGCGGGCCUCGACGCCUUGCCCUACCUCUACGGCCCAGAAUCCAACUCCUCCGCCCUACACGGCCUCCACCUCUUCCACUUCCUCCAACAAGACAACCCGCAAAUCUGGGCCCGCCACAUGGCCUACGACCACUUUCUCGUCAUGGCCCGCCCCGCCUUGGACUUCUCCCAACCCCUCACCAACGACCCUCCCAUCUGGGGCACCUCCUUUCUCGAGUUGCCCCAAUUUUUUAACAUCACCGCUCUCACGCUCGAGGCCCGCGCGUGGUCCUGGCAGGAACACGCCGUUCCCUAUCCCACCUCUUUCCACCCUGCCAACCUCGGACUUCUCGAAUCCUGGCUCACCCGCGCCCGCCGUUCCAAGCGCUCCGUCCUCGCGCUCUUCGCCGGGGGAGGCAUCAGCGGCGGCUCCGCCACGCCCAACAUCCGCCGCAGCAUACGCAGCGAGUGCGAGAAUACCACCGUGGACUCCUAUUACGAGAAGUUGUGCGAGAUCGUGGACUGCUCCAGCGGGGUUUGCGAGCACGACCCCAUUCGGUUCAUGCGGCCCAUGCUGCAGGCGAGUUUCUGCUUGCAGCCUCCCGGGGACACUCCCACGCGCCGUUCCACGUUCGACGCGAUACUCGCCGGGUGCAUACCCGUUUUCUUUGAGGAGCUUUCGGCGAAGUCUCAGUACGGGUGGCAUUUGCCCGAAAAUGAGUUUGAGGAAUUCUCUGUGUUUAUUCCGAAGGAGGAGGUUGUGUUCAAAGGGUUGAAGAUUUUAGAUGUGUUGCAACGGAUACCUAGGGCUAGGGUUAGGACCUUGCGGGAGAGGGUUUUGAAGCUGAUACCCAGUGUCUUGUACAGGAAGCAUAAUAGUUCCCCCGGUCUCAGAACUAAGAAGGAUGCAUUCGAUUUAGCCAUUGAUGGUACAUUGGAUAAGAUUCGAUCCAGGCUUCAGGAUCUUGAUUUUGUUAUCUAA